UCCAAGGAUAGCAUCAAUUAUAAUCAGCUGCUAGAAUAUUAUGAAGAUUAAAAAAUUGACAGUGAUGUCUUUUUUAUGACUUUUCAAAGACUGAAUAGAAAAACAAAAUUUUAAACGAAUGUUAUAUCAAAGUGUCAAUAAUUAUAUUACAAUAAUUAUUGAGCACCAAUUGAUUGUCAUGAUACGUGUAUUCAUAAAAUGUUGAUAGAAAUUCACAAACUGCACAUUAUUAUCGUGAUAAUUUUUCUACAUUAUACCAAUAUUAUUCUUGGAACUGGAAAUGUUGAUGAUCAUCUCAGUCAUGAUAGAAUUAUUUCCUCAUCCUCCUUUUCCCAACCAAAUUCAAAGAUGCGCAAAAACAUAAAACUAGAAGCACCUUAUCAAUUGAAGAAGCUUGAUAAGUAUGAUUUGACUGAUAAUGUAGCACAACCAGCAUUAAAAUCAAAAGUGUGUGGAGAAACAAUUGUAAAAAAUCGUCUUUCACUACAAUAUCCAAACGUCAAACAUCCAACAUCCUUCGUUGCAAAACGAAGCUCUGAUCUAUUGGAAAUUGAAUCCUCGGAAGUCUCCCCUUCAAAAAAUAUCAACAAUACGGAAGAAAACUAUUCAAACAAUUGUAAUACUGAUAGUACCGGUACAUUUCAAACAUUUGUUGAUAUGUUAAAUAAAAUUCCAUCCAGUGCACCUUCUGGUAAUAUAGUAGGUCUAUCACAAAAUCCUAUUGGAACGUCAUCAAACUCAUUCAAUAAAGACGAGGAUGCAGUUAUAUUAGAUUCAAAUAGAGGUUCAUCUUAUUUCAAUGAGGCCAGAGAAAACAACAAUAAUAAUGCUGCCAACUACUAUCUUCCAUCUCAUAGUCUACUAGAUUCAAUGAGAUCACCAGAUCAAGCAAAUUCAAUAAGCGAAAUUUCCAUGAAAGACAAAAUUGAUUUGAGUACAAGUCGAAUUGUUGAGCUGGACAGUAAGAAUCCUCCACCCGAUUGGGUUUUCUCCUCAGGUGAAAAUUUAGCAAAAAGUGGAGGAAUAAACUUGGUGCUACCUGAUACUCAUGGUAAUGAGAAUCCUCCAGACUGGAUUUUUUCACCUCCUGAAAAUCUUGCAAAAACGAAAUCUAAACUUGUAGAUGAUUCAGAUAAUGAUAAAUAUCAUAAGUAUAAUAUAUUGCAGCUGCAUAAUGCUGGACUGAGAGCUGGAUUGGUUGAUAAUGCUGAUUAUGAAGCACAGUUUGAUGAUAGAUCGAAUUUGGCGUCGCCCUAUAAUAGUGAAAAUGAGAGAGCAAUUGGCCUAAAUGAAGAGUUUGAGACAAAUUCUAAAUUCAGAAAACGAAAAUUAAUAUCAAAAUCUAGAGAAUCACGAGAUGGUCAAAAGAAGGUGAUUGAUAUAGGAAAGGAAAGCAUACUCAGCUUAGAUUCAUUGAACGAUUUAAGAGAUCUACUGAUAAAAAAUUAUGUCCCUUCUAAUAACGAUUUUGUUCCUGGGAAAAAUAAACGCAGAUCUUUAACAAAUGGAAAAAAUAUAAAAAGUAGUGAUAAUACAAAAGGAACCAUUGAUCUCAAAAAAGAAGUUAGCCGAUCAAAAUUUGAUAAUGGUAAUAUUUCUCCGACCAUCAACAAUAAUUCUAUAGCUAAUAAAACGACUCUUCAUCCUGUUAACAAUAUUUUCUCUGUCAAAUUGAAUAGAACAUCAUAUUUGGCCAAGACAAACUCCAGUGAAAGAAAUACUGAUGGAACAAACAACAAAUCAAUUGCGAUUAGUAUUAAUUCUAAGCCAAAUCUGAUCUUGAAAAACUUGACUCCACUAGUUAAGGAGAAAUCUAAUAAUACACUGCAAUCUGAUAGAAAAAGUGAACUGCUGAGAAAUUUUCCGAACACUCUAAGUGAAAAAUCGAAUUAUUAUUCUAUACCGAAAGGUGUCCUUGUUGAUAACAGAGACAACCCAAAAAUCAAUGUUGAAGGAUCUUAUAUGGAGCACCUGUUGAAAAAUAAUAAUGAUUUCAACAAAAUAAAUGAAUCCGAUGAGUCUUAUGUUAUUUUGCGGAGUAAAGAGCUGCAACGAAUGAAAAAUGUACUGUUGAAUAAUUUCAAGCAGAUGAUAGUGAAUAGCGAUAAAAAAGGUGACCGAGUUGAUACAACUUGCUAUUAUCCGUGGGAACUGAGCACUAUUGAAACUUGUACUCAAGCAGAGAGUAGGCCUACAUCACCCUCUGUUGGAUCUAUUUCACCAAAUGAUGGCAUGGAAGUAAUCUCGAUUUCAUCAACAGAUUCUCAGGUUGCUGACGGGGUGGUUUCUACUACAUCACCUAAUUCUCCAGAAUUUGAUAUGAAUUCUUCCACAAACCUUCAAGAUUUUGAUAAGUUUUCCCCUACCUCCCAACCAACGACUUCUCAAGAAUCCAAUGUACAAGAAGAUACAAAACCAUAUGACCUUUCAGAUUUGAAUACAUCUACAGAAUCAGGACGACAGGACGACAUUUUCUCCAGGACGACACAGCAACAGUCUGAUCAGAGGUCUUCUCCAGGCUUGAGUGAUAUUUACUCAAAUAAGCUGACUGAGAAUUCGGGUUGUCAGGUUGAUGAUUCGUUUACAGAAGGUUUGUACUUUUUGGUCCCAGCAAAGGGAGUGAAUGCAAUAAAAUGUGCUCUUGAAAAUAGUAGGAAAAUAUACAUGGGUUCGAGUAUUACAGGGAGCUUUAUAGCUUCAGUUGAUGCACCUAAUAUGGUGGCGAAAGACACUCUCUCACAUAAUCCCUUGUCAUCGAAUCUCACCAUCACAAAUGAUACAAUCCUUCGUGACACUAUUGAGCAUAUACUUAGGAAUAAGAAGAAUCAAGGCACCCAACUUCUGCAAGACGAAGAGAAUGAAGAAGAGAGUGGACAAGGGGCUAGAGUAAUCAAAUUGAUUGGUUAAUAGAAGAUCAUAAUUUAAUUGGAAAUAAAAAUGAAUUUGUAAAAAAA